UUUAAAACAUAACCUCAAUAAACAACGACGUCUCAAAACACACCUUUCAAAAAAAAAAUGGAAAUAUUUUGUAAAAAUUUACCUAAAAUCGAACUUCACGCUCAUUUAAAUGGUUCAUUAAGUUCAGCAACAUUAAAAAAGUUGGGUUGUCUCACCGAUUCUAUUUCUGAGUACCAAAAGCUUAACACCCUUCUAGAAACAACGCCGGAAACCUUAAAUGAUUGUUUCCCGGUUUUUAAAAUUGCUCAUAACGCAACAAAUACAAAGGAAAACGUUUAUACAGCCACUCAAAGUGUUAUUAAAGAUUUUCAUGAUGACAAUGUGGUUUAUUUAGAAUUAAGGACGACUCCAAGAAAUGGUGAUGAUUUUGAUAAAGAAACUUAUAUUGAAACCGUUAUAAAAGCGAUUUGUGAUUAUAAGAAUUGUAGUGGUAAAACUGAAUCGAUGAUCAUAAAAUUGAUUUUGUGUAUCGAUAGAAGACAUGAUAUUAGAACUUCUUCAGAAAUGAUUGAUUUGAUUAUAAAAAUGAAAGGAAAAUAUCCGAAUGUUAUUAAAGGUGUUGACCUAUGUGGAAAUCCAAACGAAGGGAAAUUUUUUAGAGGGAUUUUUGAAAAGGCUCGUGAAAAUGGCUUAAAAAUAACUUUACACUGUGCUGAAGUAGCUAAUAGUGACGAGGUUAUGGAAAUGUUCGAAUUUAAACCAGAUAGAAUCGGUCAUGGAACUUGUAUUCAUGGUGAUUUUGGUGGGAAUGAAAUGUUAUGGUGGAAAUUUCAAGAUUUAAGGAUUCCUGUGGAAUGUUGUCUUACUUCAAAUGUAAUUUGUGGUACAUCAAACGGUUUUGAAGGUCACCAUAUAAAAGAAUUAAUCAAAAAUAAAAUACCUUUUUGUAUUUGUACCGAUGAUAAAGGAGUUUUUAAUACUGAUUUAUCCUGCGAAUACUUUUUAUUGAGCAAACAUUUCGGAUUGGAUAAGAUGGAUUUGUGGAAAAUUUGUUUUGAGAGUGUCGAUUUAAUUUUUGACAGUGAUGAGGUUAAAAGGGAAUUGAAAAAGGUUAUGAUGAAUUGGAUGGAAAAAAAUUUUGAUUAAAUGAUAAUUUAGAAAUUUUUUGUGUAAUCAUAAAAAU